AUGAUCCAUGAGUCCAUACUAACAAAAAGAGCAUUAAAGCAGACGACCACCCUAUUCACGAGAACAGCUACCAACUUGUACAACUCUCACAACAUGUCUCUGAGACGCUCGGCUCGCGUUGCGAGUAGUAAUAAGCCAAUCUUAUUAGAUAUCAAAACCCAGAACGGUGUUGCAAAAUAUGAGAAAGUCAGCAAAGCGAGUGUACCUGCGAAGAAGCGCAAAACCACGAGGGCGCCUGCGCCAACGUCGCCAGAUGCAACCAAGAGCGAAAGCACUACCAAUGGAGAGACCAAUGGAGCGGAAAACUCAUAUCAAGCGAAUGCAGCUUCAUCCCUUCCAGCCACACCUCUCCCCAAGAAGCGCAAAGCAACAUCAAAAUCAACGUCAGAAGCAGAAUCGCCACUAAAACCACCACCGUUCACACCAACGCCCGCUGGCGCCAGUAUCUUCUCAUCUGUGCCCUCGUCUUCUCCUUCUGAUUCCACCACCCGCCCAGCAGCUCCCCACACGACAAAUGCCAACCUAGCCACUCCAAAUGGCUCCCACGUGGUGCAAGCCUACGCUUCAUCUCCCGCCAAACCCACUGACCCUUCUCCAGCCAAGAAAAGAAAAGCAAAAGAGGUUGUCCCGCCAGAUGUUGGUGCCAUUCCCCCCGCAAGCACAGAUAUCGAUAAUCUGCUGAGAGAAGCGGAAGAGUUCCUCAUCAAGACAGAUCCUACACUGGAAAGAGUGGUGAAAGGGCAUAAAUGUGAGAUCUUCAGUCCAGAGGGAUUGAGAGAAGUGGUGAGGCCAUUCGAGUCGCUGGGGAAGGGGAUCAUUGGACAACAGGUAUCAGGUCAAGCAGCUGCAUCAAUCCGUGCAAAGUUUACUGCUCUCUUCCCCGACACACACCCUUCUUUUCCUUCUCCCGCCCAGGUCCUCACCAAAGACAUUCCUACACUACGUACAGCGGGACUUUCUCAACGCAAAGCCGAGUAUAUCUACGGUAUAGCUGAGAAAUUCGCAGCUGGCGAGCUCUCAGCUGAAAUGCUGGUUAGUGCCAGUGAUGAAGAACUCAUCGAGAAGCUAGUAGCGGUGAGGGGCUUAGGGCGAUGGAGUGUAGAGAUGUUUGCGUGCUUUGGUUUGAAGAGGAUGGACGUUUUCUCGACUGGGGAUCUUGGUGUACAGCGAGGCAUGGCUGUGUACGCAGGUCGCGACGUGAACAAGCUCAAGAACAAAGGUGGAAAGUGGAAAUACAUGACCGAGCAAGAGAUGCUUGACAUGGCUUCCAAGUUCAAGCCAUACAGGUACGUCCAUCUCUGCCGCAAACUCUGCUUUGCACAUGAGCUAACUCGUUUCUUCACUGCUAGGUCGCUCUUCAUGUGGUAUAUGUGGCGGAUUGCCGACGUGGAUCUUACUGUUCUGCAGAAGACUUGA